AUGAAUAUCACAGACGGCGAGCAAAACGUCCUUCAGGACUUUGUCAACAAGCUGCAAGCACAGCUGCAGGCUAGCACAGAGCACUACCAUUAUUUGAGAAAGCACGCAGACGCUCUCAAGAGUCGGCUAGACACUUAUACGCAACAUUGUUCAGAAAACGAAUUGACGCGUCUACAACGCGAGAACUCGACUUUAAAAGCAGAAAAUGACGAGCUCACCGAGACCGUCGUGACGCUAGAGCAAUUGCUGGAGUUAUACUCGAAAGGAAUGGACUGUAUAGUCCAACGAAUGCAAGGAUACAUUAAAGUAACAAACAAGCGUCUCCAUGACGCAGAAGUGAAGGCCGUUGAGGAUCACGAGAAAUUGGUCAAGAAGCGCGAACGUAUCUCCAUCGAACUGGAGAAGCGUGGAAGUUUGUUAAAGGUGGAAUCGCUGCUCCGUGAGCUGGAGAGUAAUUUGCAUGAUGUAAGCGUCCAGCAGAAGAUUUAG